CACUGGCUUUCACAUGAGGGGAGCUUGAACCUGGGUGAAAAGGGAUUGCAUUCGUUAUGGAACUGGGCUACCUCCGGGCGUGUGCCAGGUUCCCCAUCCAAAACCCAUGGCUAAAUAGGUUCAAAACAAAAGUGAAGUAGCCUAGGCUAGAUUAAGCACUUGUAGUAAAGAUUUGCUUGAUAAAAACGCUAUAUCUACCUUCCUAAUGAAAAUUCGUUAAAAAAAAAAUCGAACAUAUAUUUUAUGGACGAUCGUUUUAUGCUGAGAAUUUGACCAAGCGGUACAGAUUGCGGUUCGAUUUAAGAUAGGCGCUCCUCGCUACUUUUGCCCGUUCACCAUAGAGCGGUGCACCGCGGCUCAGGUUAAUAGAACUCCCUCCGUCUGAAACCGCGUGAGAAAGUUGCCUUUGAGGCAAGCUAACAUUAUAUUUUGUUGUGCUGGUAUAGUGGGGGUUGUUAUUAUCAAAACAUUUACGAAACCUUUCUUGCACAACACCCCCCAUUUACUCGAAUACAGGUUAUUCUUCGGAUAACGAAUAUUAAUUUAUACCGAGCAUUCACCACAAGCUAUUGCGGCAAGUCAAAUUGCAAUUAACUUCUGUGGAUUUGUUUCAGUAGCCUACGCUUCUCAUUACCGCGUUGUGGGUUUGGCUUGUUGACUAACUGGAGUUUCGGGCUAUUCGUAUAUUGCUGGGUGGACAGGAUUACACGGUCUACAUGAAUAGGGGGACUAUUAGGAUACUUUUUUUGUCCUCACCUGUUCUUUUUCUCCCUUCUAUGGUUAAUACAUGAUCGUAUGCUGGAGUAGCCUACAGCGAGAGAAAAGGAGAUUCUUACAUGCAUCAUUCACCGGAGCACCGCUGAUAGAGAGUUGACGGGAGAUCUAUGAGGACAAAUGGUCGGACGUGUUUGUGGCAUUUAACGGACAGUCUCGGAAGGAGCUAGGAUGAAUUUAUCGUAACCUGGAGCAUCCUCGCGCCUGUCCCUAUUUUGUUAGCAGACGGGUUUAUCAGGAACUUGCCGAGGUAGAACGAUGUAUCCCCAGGGUCGACACCCGACACCCCACCAGGCCCCAGGCCAACCUUUCAAAUUCACCAUCCCAGAGUCACUGGACCGCAUCAAAGAGGAGUUCCAGUUUCUCCAAGCUCAGUACCACAGUUUGAAAUUGGAGUGUGAGAAGCUGGCCAGUGAGAAGACAGAGAUGCAGAGGCACUAUGUUAUGUACUAUGAAAUGUCUUACGGGCUGAACAUUGAAAUGCACAAACAGACUGAGAUUGCCAAGAGGCUCAAUACCAUCUGUGCACAAGUCAUCCCCUUCCUCUCACAGGAGCACCAACAGCAGGUGAUCCAGGCAGUGGAGAGGGCCAAGCAGGUCACCAUGGGCGAACUCAAUUCUGUCAUCGGGGUACGUGUCCUUCCCGGUCUACCACCCACACAUCAGCAUCUGUCCCACGCGCACGGCCCCCAUGUCCCCCUCACCCCCCACCCGGCUGGGCUCAACCCAGCCCACUUGGGGGGAGGGGCCAGCCUUCUCGCCCUGUCCAGUGCCCUGGGGGCGCCACCGCACCACCUGGUGGGCAAAGAGGACAAGAAACACCCGGCGGAGGCCGAGCAGCUAAGAGAGCAAGAGCCGGGCACAAGUAAUACCCUGCUGGUUGCUGACAGUUUGAGGAACUCAGACAAGCGACGCAACGGACCUGAAUUCCCCAACGACACCAAGAAGAGGAAAGUAGAGGACAAGGACUCUAGUCAUUAUGAUAGUGAUGGAGAGAAGAGUGAAGACAACCUGGUGGUGGAUGUCUCCAAUGAGGAUCCUGCCUCCCCUCAUGGUACGCCCCUGCCCUCCCCCAGAGAGAACGGGCUGGACAAGACACGCCUCCUGAAGAAGGACCCAUCCUGUAGCCCCGCCUCCACAGCCUCCUCUGCAAGCUCCUCCUCCCUCAAGUCCAAAGAGAUGGGAAUGCGUGACAAGCCGGGUACGCCUCAACCGAAGUCGAGCACUCCCACUCACCGAGGAGACUCCACACCCGGACCCAGUGCCACACCCACUCCCCGCCCCAGCCUAUCCAAGCCCCCCUCCAUGGAGCUACCUCACCCACCUACUCUUGUCUACUCCCUAGCCGCUGGUCUGCGGACUCCGCUGGCGGUGUCAGGGCCGUACCCCGGGCCGUUUGGCAUGCUGCCUCAUGCCGCCAUGAAUGGGGAGCUGGCAAGUGCCGGCACAGGCUACGCCGGCCUCCACAACAUGUCCCCUCAGAUGAGCGCUGCGGCGGCUGCCGCUGUGGCUGCCUACGGACGCUCCCCUAUGGCCGGCUUUGACCCUCAUCCUCACAUGAGAGUCCCUGGAAUGCCCCCAAGCUUAUCAGGCAUCCCUGGAGGCAAACCAGCCUACUCCUUCCAUGUUAGCGCCGAUGGACAGAUGCAGCCGGUACCGUUCCCUCCAGAUGCCCUGGUGGGCCCUGGCAUCCCGCGCCAUGCACGCCAGAUCAACACACUGAACCAUGGUGAGGUGGUCUGUGCUGUCACCAUCAGCAACCCCACGCGCCAUGUCUACACAGGCGGCAAGGGCUGCGUCAAGGUCUGGGACAUCAGUCAUCCUGGCAACAAGAGUCCUGUGUCCCAACUGGACUGCCUGAACCGAGACAACUAUAUCCGCUCGUGCCGGCUGCUCCCCGAUGGCCGGACGCUCAUCGUGGGGGGCGAGGCCAGCACACUGUCAAUCUGGGACCUAGCCACGCCCACUCCACGCAUCAAGGCGGAGCUGACCUCUUCAGCCCCGGCCUGCUAUGCCCUGGCCAUCUCCCCUGACUCCAAGGUGUGCUUCUCCUGCUGCAGCGAUGGGAACAUCGCCGUCUGGGACCUGCACAACCAGACCCUGGUCAGACAGUUCCAGGGCCACACAGACGGAGCCAGCUGUAUUGACAUCUCCAACGAUGGGACCAAGCUGUGGACGGGGGGGCUGGACAACACCGUACGCUCCUGGGACCUAAGAGAGGGACGCCAGCUGCAGCAGCACGACUUCACCUCACAGAUCUUUUCUCUGGGGUACUGUCCGACGGGAGAGUGGCUGGCGGUGGGGAUGGAGAGUAGUAAUGUGGAGGUGCUCCACGUCACCAAGCCAGACAAGUACCAGCUCCACCUCCACGAGAGCUGUGUGCUUUCCCUCCAGUUUGCUUCCUGUGGAAAAUGGUUUGUGAGCACAGGGAAGGAUAACCUGCUGAAUGCGUGGAGGACACCGUACGGAGCGAGUAUAUUCCAGUCGAAGGAGUCUUCGUCCGUGCUAAGCUGUGACAUCUCAGUGGAUGAUAAGUACAUAGUUACAGGUUCUGGAGAUAAGAAGGCCACUGUCUAUGAAGUCAUCUACUAGACUGCACUGGUGAGCACUAGGAUCAGCAACUGACAACCCAAAGUAGCUUUCACUGUCCUAAAACCAACCCUGGGUCAGGGGAUACUGCAGAAAGUUCUACACCCUUUGACUUUUUCCACAUUUUGUGUUACAGCCUGAAUUUAGAUUUAUUUUUGGUCACUGGCCUACACAAAAUACAUGUCACACAAUAAGUUGCAUGGACUCUGUGUGCAUGGACUCUGUUUUAAAAUGAUUUAUUUAUGAAUGACUACCUCAUCUCUGCACCCCGCACAGUGCAAUUAUCUAUAAGGUUGAGCAGUGAAUUUCAAACAACGAUUCAACAACAAAAUACCAGGGAGGUUUUCCAAUGCUUCAAAAGAAGCAUUGGUUAGAUGGAUAAAAAUUUAAAAAGCAGGCAUUGAAUAUCCCUUUUUAAAUAACUUCCCAUAGUGAAGUUAUUAGUUACACUUCGGGUGGUGUAUCAAUACACCCAGUCACUAAGAUACAGGCAUCCUUGCUAACUCAGUUGCCGGAGAGGAAGGAAACCGCUCAGGGAUUUCACCAUGAUGCCAAUGGUGACUUUAAAAUAGUUUAAUGGCUGUGUUAGGAGAAAUCUGAUGAUGGAUAGCAUUGUAGUUACUCCACAAUGCUAACCCAAUUGACAGCGUGAAAAGAAGGAAGCCUGUACAGAAUACAAAUAUUCCAAAACAUGCAUCCUGUUUGCAACAAGGCACUAAAGUAAUUCUUCAAAAAAUGUGGCUAAGCAAUUAACAUUUUGUCCUGAAUACAAACUGUGAUGUUUGGGACAAAUCCAAUACAUCACAUUACUAGAAUACCUAGGAUAGGAUAAAGUAAUCCUUCUCA